CCAUCACCAUCGGUACCGGGUUUACACUUUUUACAGCAGCCAAUUGGAGCAAAAUAUAGUUCGCAAUUUAAGGCCACUCUACUCUCCCUCUUACGCCCCACAAGAAAAACCUUCGUUUUUCAAGAAACGGUCAUUUUACAAAAACCCCCCUUCCUUUUCUUUGAGUCUUUUUCAACCGUCUCGCAUAUCUCUGACCUAGGGCAUCCAAAGAUCCUCGACCUUGACAUCUUAACGCAUAUUUUUCUCUUUCAUUUCUCGACAAUCAUCAGUUUCUUUCUCCUGUUUGCGUCGGAUCUUCUGUUUCAUGUCCCUCGAUUCCUUCUAUUUCUUAGCAAUUAUUUUAAAUUAGGGAUGGAUAAAUCCUCUGUCGCUCGCAAAAAAUGGCCUUUUUGCCCAUGAUUUUUCCCUAAUUCGAGUCCAGUCCUCCCUGGAUCUUAGAUGCAUUCCACAUAGUGUCGUCGAUUGCAGUUUUUCUUGCGGCUGAUUGUUUGCUGUCUGCAUCUGUUCUUUUUGUUGUAUUAAGAUUGAGCUGUCUCGGUAAAUCUGUUUCAUUCGUCCAAUGAAUACACGAGGCAGGUAUCCCCCUGGGAUCGGCAACGGUCGCGGUGGGAAUGUCAACGCAAACCCUAAUUUUCAAGCUAGAAACCCUCAACAGCAGUACGUUCAGAGGAAUACUGUGCAAAAUCAGCAGGCGUUCCAGCAGCAACAGCAAUGGCUGAGAAGGAAUCCGAUGGGAACCGAUUCUAGUUCUAACGAAGUUGAGAAAACAGUACAGUCAGAAGCUGUUGAUUCGAGUUCUCAAGACUGGAAGGCACGGCUAAAGAUACCUCCAAGGGAUACACGCUAUAAGACAGAGGAUGUUACUGCUACUAAAGGAAAUGAAUUUGAAGACUAUUUCCUGAAACGUGAGCUGCUAAUGGGGAUUUAUGAGAAGGGGUUUGAAAGACCUUCUCCUAUCCAGGAAGAAAGUAUUCCUAUUGCCUUAACAGGAAGUGAUAUUCUUGCUCGAGCUAAAAAUGGUACUGGGAAAACAGCUGCAUUUUGCAUUCCUGCAUUGGAAAAAAUUGAUCAGGAUACCAACGUUAUUCAAGUGGUUAUAUUGGUUCCAACUCGAGAGUUGGCUCUUCAGACAUCACAAGUUUGUAAGGAGCUUGGGAAACAUUUAAAGAUUCAAGUCAUGGUCACUACUGGAGGAACCAGCUUAAAAGAUGAUAUUAUGCGUUUAUAUCAACCUGUCCAUUUGCUUGUUGGAACUCCUGGCAGGAUACUCGAUCUUGCAAAAAAGGGGGUUUGUGUAUUGAAAGAUUGCUCGAUGCUUAUCAUGGAUGAGGCCGACAAACUUCUGUCUCCCGAAUUUCAACCUUCAAUAGAUCAGCUAAUUCGUUUUGUGCCAGCAAAUCGGCAAAUUUUGAUGUUUUCAGCAACAUUUCCCGUAACUGUUAAGGAUUUCAAGGAUAGAUAUUUACAAAAGCCAUAUAUCAUUAAUCUCAUGGAUGAGCUCACUCUAAAGGGUAUAACACAAUAUUAUGCUUUUGUUGAAGAAAGACAGAAGGUCCAUUGUCUAAACACACUUUUCUCUAAGCUUCAAAUCAACCAAUCAAUAAUAUUUUGCAACUCGGUGAAUCGGGUGGAACUGUUGGCAAAGAAAAUUACAGAGCUUGGUUAUUCUUGCUUCUACAUUCAUGCCAAAAUGUUACAAGAUCAUCGCAAUCGAGUAUUUCAUGACUUCCGUAAUGGUGCUUGCCGGAAUCUUGUUUGUACGGAUUUAUUUACAAGGGGGAUAGACAUUCAAGCAGUAAACGUUGUUAUCAACUUCGAUUUCCCAAAGAACUCAGAGACGUAUCUGCACAGGGUUGGUCGGUCAGGACGAUUUGGGCACCUAGGGCUAGCUGUUAAUCUGAUUACCUAUGAGGACCGCUUCAACCUGUAUAGGAUUGAGCAAGAGCUUGGUACUGAAAUAAAGCAAAUUCCUCCGCAAAUAGACCAGGCUAUUUACUGCAGGUGACCUGUGAUAGUAGCUUCUGCCCUGUGGUCAACAAUGGUGAGUAAAUGCAAAAGAUAUGGCUACGUCUACUCGCUGGGGCUUGCAAAGUUGUUGAAGAGCCUCCAAUGCAUUGGGGGCUGGGGCUGAUUUGUAAAUGGACAUGGUAUGCAUGUCAAUUCAGAGUUUUCAUCGGAUGUGUGUUCUGGAUUGAUUUGUCAGCCCAUCAUGUAGGGGAAAAGGGAGACUAAAGAAUCUGAGGAAUAUGUUUGCAAAACCUUCGCUGAUGUUUUGUUCUGCUAGCAGUUUUCUGGAUGCACCUCAGUUCUCUUAAGCUUUAUUGUCCAAGAACAUUUGUUUAACACUGCAACUGGACUGUUUUGAAGAUGGGGGUGUAGCACAUGCAACCUUCUGAUGGAAACUGUAUUGGUUAUCAUAGUUUCAAUCUUCUGCUAUUCUUCAAAGUUUGUAGAUUUUCAUAAUACUAUAUAUUUCGUAGGCUGGGAGAAGCUUUAGAAUGUUUUGUUGAUCCAAAGGAUUGGAUUUUGUUAUCCUGGGUUAAGCCACAUCUGUGCUUAUGUUAGCUCAAGUAUUAUUGGCACUAGGCAUGCUUUUGUUACUUAAAUUCGACAUAUUUUACCAUAAGAUUAAGAUUCCCCUUUUUGACGGA